AUGGAUGGAGCAUCAGAGGAAAAGAAAGAAAGAGCCCGGAUUAAAGCCGCGAUCAACCAACAUGUCCGGCGAGUUCGAAAAAUGCAGAAUCGCACCAAGAUAGCCUCGCUGCCUCAAGCAGAUAAAGAACCGCAACCUUCCUCAAAUUCGGAUGUUAAUGCUUCGCCUGCUUGUGAUACAGAAGAUGACUCGAAUGUUUUGUCAAGUGCUUCAUUGGAAAUUCUAGAUCGGCCUUCUAGCCAAGAUGGCAUUUUCGAUCCCCAAGCCGCGUCCUUAUUAAUGCAUUACUUCGAUCAGGUCUUCGCAUGGCAAUUUCCUUAUUUCCGCUCUACAUCCCGGCUAGGAAAUCGGGGGUGGCUCUUAUAUCUUCUUAUGAAGCGGGGACCUCUCUACCAUGCCGUCUUGAGCCUUUCAUCGCUUCACCAGAGUGCAAUUCUUGGGAGUGAGGAGGAAUAUCAACAGAAGGAAAGGGCGCUAGAGCAUCAUUCCAGGGCACUCCGUGAGUUCUGCAAAUUCAUGGGCGAGGAACGUGGAAAAUUGCUGGAUGAUAAUGCUCGGCUGGCCGAGUUCCUGGCAUGUAGUUUGAUUUUGAUUAGCUGUGAGGUUUUUAGAGGCGCUGAGCACGACUGGCUACUGCAUCUGGAUGCUGUCAUAUGUGUCAUGCACUCACUAUCUCCCAACACUAUAUUUGAUGCUCGCUACACCUCUCAAACAGUGUCUCCUAUUUCAUCUCAAGAUCCUCCACGGCGGGGCCUUGAGUUCCUUCUCGCUACAAUGGUUUCACUUGAUCUUUUCGCCUGUCUCUCGACAGGACGUAUACCACAACUUCCAUAUCAGCAAUGGCUCUGUACCCCUGAGAUACAAAUCGCAGAUCUAUUGAGUUGCGAAAACUGGGUUAUGAUCAUCAUCGGAGAUCUAGCCUGCUUUGGUGAAUGGAAGGAAGUGCAAGAAAAAGAGGGUAUACUCAGCAUUAGUGAACUAGCCAGGAAAGGAGCAGAGAUCAAAGACCGUUUGACCAGGGGCAUUGAGAAGCUUGAUCUAACCAGAGAUGUAAGUAUCAACCACUAA